GAUGUUUUGUUCUCACUUCCCAGGGGCAGGGAAAUGCCAGCUUAUCUGGGGAACAGAUGAACAGUUAAGCAAGGCCAUCCUGGAAAUGCUACAUAUCAGUAAGUUAUCCAUACCUCUCAGGACCAAGCCUCACCACUACAUGAAGUUAGUCUAUCAUCUACGAAACCCACUGGCCUUAAACAGCGAAGGGACUCUUGUGCAGAGUUUCAGGAGCAUCCAAGAUCCAGAUUUUGGCAUUCCAGGAUGGCUGUGGUUUAAUAUUUCUUACCUGAAACCUUCCAUGAGGCUUGCAGAAUUAGUUCUUCUCAGGAAGACUCUACACCCAGAAUCGCUGACAGUAAAUGUUACUGUGCACAGCAUCUCCGUGGUCCAGGGAAAUCUCACAGAAAGCAAAGCCUUAGAUGAGAAAGUGCUGACAUUAGAUGAGCUACCACCAUCUGGUUAUGAUGUCUUUAACAUUUCAGCCAUUUUUAAUGAUACCACCUCAGAUGUCAUAGGCUUUCAGCUACGAUUCACAGAUGACAGUGGCAGCUUGGUUCUCCAUGAAGCUCUGACUAAGAGCCUGUACUGUUUGAACAGAUGCACCCAGAGUGAGCCCUUACUGGUGGCUUAUCGCUUCCUGGUGACUGAGCUAUAUGGUGGAAGUAAACAGCAGGUCAUCAGAGAAUGCCAACACUGCGCUACAGAGAGAAGGAGAAACUUGCCAGAAGAUUCCAGGCUACGACAGUGCAGCCUUCACCAACACUAUGUGAACUUCCAAACAAUGCAACUGAGCCACUGGAUUCUGGAGCCUCCUGGCUUCUUCACAAGUUUUUGCAAGUAG